AUCUCAGCAUAUGUGAGCACUUAGCCAGCUCCAUUAGUUGUGUUUUGUGUCCCAUUAGUCCGUAAAUGUGUCACACCUGCAAAGAGGGGAUUAUAAUCCUGACAGCAGCCUUGUACAACACCUAUAAAAUCCCCCCCUGGCUAAUGCACCACAUGCUAACAAGGAAAACACAGAGGUGAGAUAGUCUUCGAUGAAGUUGGGUGAAUGUCCAUGAACUUAUAACUGUUGUUUUGAUUAACUGUGGUUUAAAUUAUAGUCUGCUUGCGCACGGUGAUGAGUUAGUUUGCAUCCGUGGGCUGUGGAGCUGUGACAUUAUUGUUUUUAUUACAUAUUUGGCUUUCCCCGCAGCUUUAAUGAAGGCAAGCAGCAGAGUUAUGGUGCAGGUGCUGUUGUUGGCAUUGCUGGCUCAGGUCACUCUGUGCCAGCACUGGUCCUAUGGAUGGCUACCAGGUGGAAAGAGAAGCGUGGGAGAGCUCGAGGCAACCAUCAGGAUGAUGGGCACGGGAGGAGUGGUGUCGCUUCCUGAAGAGGCGAGUGCCCAAACCCAGGAGAGGCUUAGGCCGUACAAUAUUAAUGAUGGCUCCAGUCAUUUUGACAGAAACAAAAGGUUCCUGAAUAAAUAAAGGAGCAUCAAAAAGAAGACAAACUGUAUUAUAAUCAACGCCAUGGACUGUCUACUCUGUCUUCAGAUUUUAUCUUGUUUUCAGCACAUAAAAUACAUAUCUAUAAUGUCAUUAUAAAUCAAUUAUAAUAAACGUUUGAACCCUGA